CAAAUUGAUCUGCCACGACCCACCAGGCCCCUCAAGAAGUCAAGCUUGUGCACAGGCCCCGCCAGUAGCAGUAGGCGGCCACAGAGCCUGCGGGCAUGCCAAGCUCUGCCGAUGACAGUCCAGGGGCAAGCUCCACCAGGAAGCGGUCCAAGUACUCAAAACGCGCCUGCCAACAUUGCCAGCGACGCAAAAUUAAAUGCGAUGGGAAGGACCCCUGUGAGCACUGUGUUGCUGUGAAGGAAGAUUGCGUCUACGUCGCCGGUAAGGCAAGAGGCGGAGCCAGGUCUCGCGCCGUCAGUAAUGUUCCCGCUCAGCCAAACAAGGAGAGCCAAACGCCAGUCAAACAAGCUGCGCCCUUACCGCACCUCAAAGUUGAUGCCAUGUCGCCCGUCACGUCUCAUCCACAACCGCCUCAAGUCAGACCAAAUGCAACGGCUACGCUCGCUGACAGAGUUCAGUGGUUGGAAGAGAGUGUCUUGCGGCUCAAUGCUUUGAGCCGACCGGGUGACCAGUCUGCCAGCGCUGGCCCACAGUCCGCCUCAGUCCAGAUGAGUGCUCGACUUAAACGGCCCUUCGAUCAGCUGCAGCGGCCUGCGUUGUACGCCAGUACAGAGCGACAAUCCAACCGCAGUGGCGACGAUUCCGGUGCCCGCAGCUCUGAAAGACGCGCCGCAGAGACAGUCUACUAUGGCAACUCUUCAACGGCAGGCACAUUGCAUACGCUCAAGGACAAACUCUGCUCCCUGGCACCUGCAUCAUCUCGCACAGAAGCAGAGCUCUACGCCAGCAAAAUAUCGCCGGAUCCGAAGCCAGUCCCUGACCAGCGCGUGAAUCGGCGCGGCUUGGCCCAGUUGCCUACGAGUGAUGUCUCCUACCCCAUUCUUGCACUGAUGUUUGACGAUUUGAUGAGCAUGUAUCCAAUGUUGCAUGCGCCUACAUUCUAUGCGCGUUACGCCCCGCUUUGGACUGCAGAUGGUCGCUUCUCUAUGGAAACUGCUCAAAGCGAUGCGUAUACCGAUAUGGAAAUUGGCCUCCUGUACGCUGGUAUGGGCGCAGCAGCUGUUUUGAUGCGCGAGAAGCCUGGCUUUGGUGAACGAACUGCCCUGGACCCGUCAGCGGAAGCGGACAAGUGGAUCACCUCUGCUCGAUUGAUGCUGAGGAAUCAGUGGGAAGCGCCAACAGACUUGGAACAGAUACAAGUGCUCUGCUUUUUGACCUUAUACUACUUCAAUGUCGAAAAUGAAGACUUGUCCUAUAAGCUGACGGGCGUUGCAUCCCGUGGUGCUUUCGAGCUUGGGUUGCAUCUUCGUCGGCGAGAAGCAGGUCAUCCUCGACUGUACAUCGAGCUGAGACGAAGGGCAUUCUGGUGUCUCUACUUGCUUGAUCGGCGUACGUCCGUCUCGCUGGGAAGACCGCCUGCCAUACAAGACAGCGACCUUGACGUCGAUUAUCCGACGCCCUUGGACGAUGAGCUUCCGUUUCCCGAACAACUCAAUGUCCCGAUACGCUUGGAGCAUUCCAAGAUUCCGUACUUGAUUGAGUUUGUUCGCUUCUCAAGUAUUCUUGGAGACGUCUACGAAAAGGUUUGCGGCGUACAAGCCACUUGGCCGCCCACUGAAGAAACUGCCCGCAACCUGGAUACCAUACUCGAACAAUGGCGCUUCAGCCUGCCCUCUUUCCUGCGCUUCAGUCAAGAGAAUCUCUCCUCCAUCCCAGGAUGGCUCGCCAAGCAACAGUUAUUUCUGCACCUUCGCGGCGCUCAUGUGCGAUUACUCUUGCUACGACCUUUUGUACAGGAUGUUGCUGAAGGAACUGGCAGUACGCCUCUUCCCGGCUCCUUUGCAUUUCGCAUGGCCGAGCUUGCUAUGAGUCUUUCAAGUGAAAUUAUCCACACAAUUGCACAAGUCAAGCGAUCGUCUGAUUUGAUUGAGAUUCUGUGGUAUCCGGCCAAGCAGUUCUUGCUGACGACUGUGUGUAUCAUCUUCACCUGUGUGCUCAGUUUCGGUUCUGAGCCAAAGUUCUCUGCAGCGUCCUGUAAGGCCGAUGUCAGAGUUGCGUUACAGACACUCAAGGAGUUUAGCUACAAGUCAACAGGUUUGAAGCGGAAUCUAAGGGAUGUCGAGUUCCUGCGUUACAUGUGCAACCAAGCAAUCAGGACGAAGCAUCAGCAAAUCAACAGCGAGAAGAGUGUUCUUCCUGCCGAUACUACAUUGCAGGUGGCGGUCGAACAGCAAGCGCAACCAGUCUAUCUUGGGGCUACGGCUCCUUUGGCUGCACCACUCCAUGACAAUUCCCACAGCGUACAGUUUCAUCCAGCAACAGUCCCGCCCGACAUCCAACAUCAUCUGAGUCAAGCGCAACAACUCAAUGCCAUGCAGCAAUACUUGGCCAACAGCCAUGACUUGUCUUUCCUCAAUCCCUUCCCUGGCAUGAGUGGCGAUUCUUCUGAUUUUCUCAUGAGCCUAUUGGACUCUGGAGACAGAGAAAUGCUUCCAACGACAAAUGAAUUUAAUGACUUGAGCGUGGCCUUUUCAUAGCUAUUGCUCACAUACUAUCAAGCACUUCAUCCUUAUAUUUGACUUUGGCUUUCGCCGUUGUGCACUGCACAGAACGAGGGCCACUACCAGCCGUACGCAGAAGCCCCUGUUUUGCGUCGGUCAUCUGA